AUGGUCGCCCAAAGCACGUUCACAUCAUCGUCGUCCACGACGGGUGGCUGGCUGUACCCGUUGUCAGAAGGAGUUGGCUCGGGGGGAAAUACGACCCGCGACACCGUGGAUGGCUUUGUGAGUUUCUUGGCGCGGCAUUUUGAAAUUCGGCACGCCAUGGGCUUGGGGCUGUUGGUCAAGGCCUUUGCAGCGGGGGAGUCGACCUCGGUGUGCCAAAACUUGGUUGACGAGUUUGUCAGCGAUGCGUCGAACGUAGUGAUCUUUGCCAAGAAGCAGCCCCCUGCAAGCCUGCCGAGCAGUUCGGAAAGCGUUGGCACGUUGACGUUCACGUUGUCAAAAUCACCCAGUCCGUCCAGCACCCCACGGCCGAAGAAACGCUGCGUCGACGAUGUCAUGUCCAACGACAUGGCGAAAACGAUUGAAUCCAGCGACGUGAACCAAAAACCAUCGCGAGCCAACAUGGAGGUCAACGAGAAAGCUGGUGAGUUGGCGGAAUUGGCCAUUUCGCUCAAAGGCAAACGACGGGGGUUUGCUGAAAAGUGGAUUGCCGUGGUCGAAAAGGCCCCCUGGACGCGGUGGGCGGCAUCCUUCGUGCCCUUCUUGCCCCCUUCGUCCCCUGGUCGCAUCCACUUCAACGGACGUCUCCUCACCUUCUUCCAAGUCCACGGCCAAGCCAUGUGGGAGCGUUACUUUUGUCUGCCCGAUCGAGAAUCACCCAAGUCCACGACGCGCCUUCGCGCAGCGAUUCAAGAGUUUGGACUGGUGGUGCACCAACUGUUUGAGCUCGAGGGAGUGAAUGUGUUCCUCUUCCUUGCGCAUUACCCCCAUCCGUCGUGGCCGAUCCUGUCCGAGCAUUCGCUCCUGCCGUACAACUUUCAAGGCUCGAAUUUCGUACGGUACCUCGAAGCCCAGCAUAUGAAGCGAUGGCCGUCGUGCGCCGACUAUUGCAUGCAAAACAAGUCGUCCCUGAAACAAACCAUGUCAAGCUACCAACCCCUGGCGUUUCUGGAUUGGGCCGCCAAGUUUACCCCCAAGGCUGGCGCGGCUUUUCAUUGGACCUUUAUGCAGCAAUGCCCGACGUUUUUCACGGACCUCAAGACCGCCCUUCAAGACAAGACGUUCGACCCGGAGACCUCACCGUACAUUUCCGUCCAACUGCCCGAACCACUUCCAUCCAAAUGGAGCUUCCCGAACGGCCCCCAGACAAAAUUGCGAUGGGAUUGGGUGCAUCAAUGCGCGGUUGACCGUUCUGGACCGUAG